AUGCUUGUGCGUAUGUGUGUGCGCGCCAGUGAUUUCCUCAGCCCAUGGAGCUGGCUGCCUUGUGGCCGUGGUGCUUUGCGUGAGUGGCCUGGGGACCGCUGCAUGCCUGCUCCUCACGUCCUUGAACUUUUAAGGGAGCGCAUGGAGCUUUUGGAGGAAGCCAAGAAGAUGGAGAUGGCCAAGUUCCGCUACAUCCUGCCCGUGUACGGCAUAUGCCGGGAGCCCGUGGGCCUGGUCAUGGAGUACAUGGAGACGGGCUCCCUGGAGAAGCUGCUGGCCUCCGAGCCGCUGCCGUGGGACCUGCGCCUCCGCAUCAUCCACGAGACGGCCGUGGGCAUGAACUUCCUGCACUGCAUGUCCCCGCCUCUGCUCCACCUGGACCUCAAGCCCGCGAACAUCCUGCUGGACGCCCACUACCACGUCAAGAUUUCCGACUUCGGGCUGGCCAAGUGCCACGGGCUGUCCCACUCACACGACCUCAGCAUGGACGGCCUGUUCGGCACCAUCGCCUACCUCCCUCCAGAGCGCAUCCGAGAGAAGAGCCGGCUCUUCGACACCAAGCAUGAUGUGUACAGCUUUGCCAUCGUGAUCUGGGGCGUGCUGACACAAAAGAAGCCAUUUGCAGAUGAGAAAAACAUCCUGCACAUAAUGGUGAAAGUGGUGAAGGGCCACCGCCCCGAGCUGCCGCCCGUCUGCAGAGCCAGGCCGCGCGCCUGCAGUAACCUGCUGCGCCUCCUGCAGAGGUGCUGGCACGGGGACCCGCGCCAACGGCCCACCUUCCAAGAAAUUACUUCUGAGACUGAGGACCUGUGUGAUAAACCCGACGACGAGGUGAAAGAGACAACACAGGACCUUGAUGUGAAAGACUGCCCAGAGCCCAAGAGCGAGGCACCUGUGUCCACGCCCCUCAAGCGAGCCUCAGCCCCAACCCUCGAUAAGGACUACAGCCUUUCCGAGCUGCUGUCCCAGCUGGACUCGGGCAUCUCCCAGACGCUCGAGGGCCCCGAUGAGCUCAGCCGCAGCUCCUCCGAAUCCAAGCUACCAUCAGCCAACAGCGACAAGAGGCUGUCGGGGGUGUCCUCGGUCGAUUCUGCCUUCUCCUCCAGGGGGUCGCUGUCCCUGUCUUUCGAGCGGGAGCCUUCAACGGGCGAUCUCGGCACCACAGACGUCCAGAAGAAGAAGCUGGUGGACGCCGUGGUGAACGGGGACACCAGCCGCCUCAUGAAGAUCCUGCAGCCCCAGGACGUGGACCUGGUCCUGGACGGCGGCGCCAGCCUGCUGCACCUGGCCGCGGAGGCCGGGCAGGAGGAGUGCGUCAAGUGGCUCCUCCUCAACAACGCCAACCCCAACCUGACCAACCGGAAGGGCUCCACGCCGCUCCACGUGGCCGUGGAGAAGCGGGUGCGCGGCGUGGUGGAGCUCCUGCUGGCGCGCAAGAUCAACGUCAACGCCACGGACGAGGACCAGUGGACCGCCCUCCACUUCGCGGCCCAGAACGGGGACGAGUGCAGCACGCGGCUGCUGCUGGAGAAGCACGCGUGCGUGGACGCCGUGGACUUCGAGGGCCGCGCGCCCGUGCACGUGGCCUGCCAACACGGGCAGGAGAGCGUCGUGCGCAUCCUGCUGCGCCGCGGCGUCGACGUGGGCCUGCCCGGCAAGGACGCCUGGCUGCCGCUGCACUACGCCGCCUGGCAGGGCCACCUGCCCAUCGUCAAGCUGCUGGCCAAGCAGCCGGGCGUGAGCGUGAACGCGCAGACGCUGGACGGCAGGACGCCGCUGCACCUGGCCGCGCAGCGCGGGCACUACCGCGUGGCGCGCGUCCUCAUCGACCUGCACGCCGACGUGGGCGUGCGCAGCCUGCUCGCGCGGACGCCCCUGCACGUGGCCGCGGAGACGGGCCACACGAGCACCGCCCGGCUGCUGCUGCACCGCGGCGCCGGCAGGGAGGCGCUGACGGCGGAGGGCUUCACCGCCCUGCACCUGGCCGCCCGCGGCGGGCACCUGGCCACCGUGAAGCUGCUGCUGGAGGAGCGGGCCGACGUGCUGGCCCGGGGGCCCCGCAACCAGACGGCGCUGCACCUGGCCGCCGCGGGCGGGCACGCCGACGUGGUGGAGGAGCUGGUCGGCGCCGACGUGCUCGACCUGUCGGAUGAGCAGGGGCUCAGCGCGCUGCACCUGGCCGCCCACGGCCGGCACGCCAAGACGGUGGAGACGCUGCUCAGACACGGGGCCCACGUCAACCUGCAGAGCCUCAAGUUCCAGGGGACCCAGAGCCCCGCCACCCCGCUCCGGCGGAACAAUACCUAGCUCGCUGCCCGGAGACCGGGGCCCCAUGCGGGGUUCUUGUCCCGUUGUCGUGUCCCACCUUGGGGACAGAGCGAUGCUGUGCUGGUGAGCGCCG